AUUACCGUUAACUGUGGACUGGUUCUUGUCAUCAACUCGGGUCAGGAGACCAGUACUGAACAGAGGACGCAGAACAUGGAACAUGAUCACCCCAGUUCCUAAACUUCUGUCCUGAAAUUUGGUGCACUAUUUUAAGCAUGACUGGAAAAUAAAUGUUGACAUGCCAAAACAUAGUCAAAUACAGCUACAGAUUUUAAGCCUCUACAAACAGUUCUUGAAACUCUCAAAAGACAAACCAGGUUUAAGGGAGGUUAUUCGUAGCGAGUUUCGCAAAAAUGCAAACUUGCCAAGAAGAGACACUUUAAGAAUAGAAUACCAAUAUAGACUGGGCAAAAAGCAGCUUGAUCACCUGAAGAAUUCAGAAGUGGACUCGGUUGGUGUGUUUGAAAGAGAAAAAUGACGUGGUCUGUUUUAUCUCGACUUUCGUUUUGCUGCACAAGAUGUCAUUUGAGACACUAUGCAACUUCUAGUAAGUUGGAUCACUAUGAAGCCGUGUUGGAAAAGUUUCCCGGGGGGAUACAAAUGGCAUUUGCCUAUGGUUCUGGUGUGUUUAAACAGAUGGGUCAAAGUGACGCUCAAAUACAGAGAAAUAUGAUUGAUUUGAUAUUUGUUGUUGAUGAUUCAUACCGGUGGCAUCAGCAGAAUAUCAAACAAAACAGGAAACACUAUUCAUUUCUUAAAUAUUUGGGAGCAAAACAAGUGGCAAAAAUUCAGGAGAAAUAUGGCGCAGCUGUGUAUUUCAAUACCAAAGUGCAGUGUGCGGGAAGAGAAAUAAAAUACGGAGUGAUUAGCACAAAGCAAGUAAUAAUAGACUUGCUGGACUGGAGCACCUUGUAUGUCAGUGGAAGAAUGCACAAACCAAUCCGAAUUCUCAUUCCUCCCACCAAAGUAGAAUUGUGCUCGGCUAUUCAGAUCAAUCUGGAAAAUGCGGUACAUGCUGCUUUGCUUUUGCUUCCUGAAACUUUCACCGAGGAAGAGUUGUAUCAGCAGAUUGCUGCCCUCUCCUACGAUGGGGAUUUUAGAAUGAAGUUUGGUGAGGACAAAAACAAAAUUUCUAACAUUGUCACACCUAAUAUGGCAUACUUUAGGAAGCUUUAUGAACAGAUUUUGUUGAAAGAUGAACAUGUGAAAUGGAACAUGAAACAAGGUAUUUUGGAGCAGUAUCCAAAUCAUGUGUCGCAGUUUCAUCAUUUGAAUCUUCUUCCAAAGACAGUUCAAUUAAAUCUGUUAUCUUGUAUGCACAGAAGACCGGGCAAGUAUCCAGACCUGGAGGAAAUCAUCAGACAGCUAGCUUUUGACAGCAACUGUGCAGAUUAUGUAAGAAAAGGCAUUGCAGAAAUUGUAAGAAGUUCUAGCAUAGGCCAAAGUUUAAAAAGCAUAUAUACUGCAGGCCUAGUCAAAUCUGUGCUUUACAGUAGUAGGAAAGUCCAAAAGAUGGUGGAUAGUAAGAAGAAUGAGAAAAAUGUUCUACAACCAUAGUUACUUUAUUAAGGAAGCUGAAUACUCUUUAAAAAAUGUGACUUUUGAGGAAUUUUAUAUCUGUAUUUUAUGAACUUCAAAUUAAAAUCAUCAAUUUGA